UUUUAUUUUUAUUUUUUGUCAAAUUUUUUCUAUCGUCAUCUUAUUUACUCGUGUAUUCCAUUCAUUCGUACCAUACACGGCGCGUUGCUUACAAGCCAAAAAUUUCAAUUAUUGAAAAAAAUAUAUUAAUUAGCUCUUAAUCGAGCUGUAAUCAGAGAGUUGGUUAAUUGGCGAGGGAUCGCGAUACUGUUUCGGAUUUAUUGUUGGAUAUAUUGUUUUGAGGGAGAUGAUUAUGGAGGAGCAAGAUUCAGGUUUACUUCAAUGGGGUCUUCAUUUUUUUGAAUGUGAUCCUUAUUUGCAUUCUGGGUAUCAUGGUGAGAUAGUUCAGCAUGAUGCUAAUGACAUCUAUAAUGGUCAGUAUUUCAGAGAUCAUAGUGAUGCAGAGUGUAAUCAGGUAGAAAAUGAUGAGAUUAUUGCUCGUACCCUUCAAGAAGAAUUUUCUCAAGAAUUUUCACAAUUAGCACUUGCAGAAGACUCUCAAUAUUCACAUGCAGGAGAAGACCACCUGCAAGAUUCUGUUCAGGACCAUGAUUGGCAUAAUUUGUCCACAAGGAAUUAUAGUUCAGGAUAUGAGUGUGGCCAAGAUGAAUCUGAUGAUACGGGGCCAUCCUGUUCAUGUUCUAGCCCUGGAGAUGGAGAGGAGGAUUCCUAUUCCUUGGAGUUACCUAGUGAAUAUAUACUAGAUGAGGAAGUGGGAAAGAGGUUGAAUCAAAUGAUUCCUAUUCCUCAUGUUCCUAGAAUUAAUGGGGAAAUACCAUCACUUGAUGAAGCAACUUCAGAUCAUGAAAGAUUGCUGAACAGAUUGCAGUUAUAUGGCUUUGUUGAGCUUAAAGUCCCAGGAGAUGGCAACUGUCAGUUUCGUGCUUUGUCAGAUCAACUCUAUAACACACCUGAGCAUCACAAAUAUGUGAGACGACAAGUUGUAAAUCAGCUGAAGUCUCAUCCAGAUAUGUAUGAAGGAUACGUUCCCAUGGAGUAUGGUGAAUAUUUAAAGAAGAUGUCCAAGAGUGGUGAGUGGGGUGAUCAUGUCACGCUGCAGGCAGCUGCAGAUUCGUUUGGUGUAAAAAUAAUUGUUAUUACUUCUUUUAAGGACACCUGUUACAUAGAAAUUCUUCCCAACACCAAGAAACCAAAAGGAGUUAUUUGCCUGAGUUUUUGGGCAGAGGUUCACUACAACUCAAUCUAUUCUCAAGAAGAUAUACCUUUGCGGGAGUCUAGACGGAAGAAAAGAUGGUGGAACUUUGGGAAUUAGCAUAUAGAAUGUCAAAGUAGCUUGUGGCAUACUUCUCUCAUUUUGUUGAAUUCUGCCGUUGCUGCUCGACUUUUCUGUGUGGGUCUACUUCUUGGAGCAAGAAUUUGCCUUUUCAUGUUCAUUUUCAAAACAUUAUAUAUUCCCCUUUUUUUCUCGCAGUUUUGCAUGCAUAUGUAUAGCAAUG